CCCACACACAUCGUCUCCCUCGCUAGCGUGCAGCUGCGGCUAGCUAGCGCACCGAACGCGGCACACCAUGAGCAGCUCGCCACCCCUGCCCGGCGCCGGCGGCAACGGCACGGGCCUCAUCAAGACCGUGUACCGCCGCGUCGUGGACAACUUCCUCGCCGUCGUGACGGUGCCGCUCGCGGCCGCCGCCCUCGUCGCCGCGGCGCGGCUCGGGCCCGACGACGCUGGCCGGCUCCUCCGGGAGGCCCGGGCCGCGCACCUGUUCCUGGCCGCGUUCCUCCCGGCCGCGGCGGCGACCGUGUACCUCAUACACCGCCCGCGCGCGGUGUACCUGGUGGACUACGCCUGCUUCCGCACGGCGCCCAACUGCCGCGUGCCCUUCUCCACGUUCCUGGAGCACGCCAAGCAGGUUCCCGCGCUCAACGAGCGCAGCGUCCGGUUCAUGACCCGGCUGCUGGAGCGCUCGGGGCUCGGGGAGGAGACGUGCCUGCCCCCGGCCCACCACUACAUCCCGCCCUACAAGUACUGCACCCUCGACGCGGCGCGCGGCGAGGUGGACCUCGUCGUCUUCGGCGCCCUCGACGACCUCUUCGCCAAGACCGGGAUCAGCCCGGGCGCCGUCGACAUCCUCGUUGUCAACUGCAGCCUCUUCUGCCCGACCCCGUCCUUCGUCGACAUGAUCGUCCGCAGGUACGGGAUGCGGGAGGACAUCCGGAGCGUGCACCUCUCCGGGAUGGGGUGCAGCGCGGGGCUCAUCUCCGUGGGGCUGGCGCGCAACCUCCUGCAGGUGGCGCCCCGCAGCGCGCACGCGCUGGUGGUGUCCACGGAGACCAUCACGCCCAACUACUACGUCGGCAGCGAGCGCGCCAUGCUCCUGCCCAACUGCCUCUUCCGCAUCGGCGGCGCGGCGGCGCUGCUGUCCAACUCGCCGGCGCGGGCCCGGUUCCGGCUCAGGCACGUCGUGCGCACGCUCACCGGCGCGCGGGACGACGCCGCGUACGCCUGCGUGUUCCAGCAGGAGGACGAGCGGGGCAACGUCGGGAUCAACCUGAACAAGGACCUGAUGGCCAUCGCCGGGGACGCGCUCAGGGCCAACGUCACCGCGAUCGGGCCGCUGGUGCUGCCGGCGUCGGAGCAGCUGCUGUUCGCGCUCUCCUUCAUCGCGCGCAAGGUGCUGAGCGGCAGGGUGCGGCCGUACAUCCCGGACUUCCGCACGGCGUUCGAGCACUUCUGCAUCCACGCGGGGGGCCGCGCGGUGAUCGACGAGCUGCAGCGCAGCCUGGGGCUGUCGGACGAGCAGGUGGAGGCGUCGCGGAUGGCGCUGCACCGGUUCGGGAACACGUCGAGCAGCUCGCUCUGGUACGAGCUGGCCUACAUCGAGGCCAAGGGCCGGAUGAGGAAGGGCGACCGCGUGUGGAUGAUUGGGUUCGGGUCCGGGUUCAAGUGCAACAGCGCGGCGUGGGAGUGCAUCGAGCCGGCGGCGAACGCCGAGGGGCCGUGGGCCACGGCGAUCCACAGGUACCCGGUGGACAUUCCGGACGUGCUCAAGCACUGACUGAUGAUCACUCUGCUCUGUCUUGGGCAUGCACCCAACAUGUGUGCAGUGCUUAUUGCUUUUCUCUGAAUGGUACAGUGUAUCGUCCUAUCCCUGUGGAAUAAUGCAUGGAGCCCUGUACACCCUGGUCUCUAUACUGUAGCACCAUGCGUGUGCGUGCGUGGCAAAGCCAUGAAGAAACAGGUUAACAGGAGUGUGUGUGUGUGAACUCAACCUGUUGCAAACAGUAUACUAGCUCUCACUACUGUCUUA